UCGGUUCGGUUAGGAAUAAUUGGUACCGUUAGCGAAUGCUUCUAGGUUUAAUCAAACGUGUGUUCAGUGCUUCGGUGUUCAUAGCCUACUUUUGAAACGAGGUCUUACUCAAUCGAUUACUGUUUUUGUAAAACUGCCAAUGUCAAACAUUACAAUGCUGCAUCGGAGCAACAAUCAUUUCGACAACAUUAUUUAGGCCAUUUCGGAAUAGUGUGGUGCUCUCCAGUUUAGUUCGCCAGAUCAGUAGUGGUGUGUAAAUUGCGUAUCCGGUAGGACAAUGCUACCUCGCCGAGACAACCUAGUGAAACCAGCUAAGCUUACUACCAAACGGAAAUCGUCCAGUGAAGAUGAUAGCUGCGAGGAAGGAUCGAGCACAUCCGGCACGACGGACGGGUCCAGCUCAAGCUCCGGCUCGGACUCGGAAAUGGAUACCACCGAGACGUCGUUUUCCUCGAAAAGUGCCGUCGAGUGUGUCGGAAGCAGCAAACAGCAAGGAUUACUCAAAGUCAAUCAUAGGUCCUACGCCGUAUAUUGUGAUUCGGGUAAAAAUUCCAAAAGUUUCUGUCACAGUGUGAACGUCGAACCGCCCGACGACGUCCGAAGGGAUCCUAAUCACAAUAAAAAAAAUAAUAGCACCAGAAACGACCAAGUUGUACAUAGAAAAAAGAAAUCGAAGAAAAUACCACCAAUCAGUAUUUGUAUAUUGAACAGCCGCUACGACAUCAUUCCGAGAAUCUGUAGACGACUCGGUUACCGGCUGGUCAGUGAGAACGAACACUGGAAUGUUUGCUGGACGGAUUCGCUUGUCGGAGUCGACUUCUGCCGGGAUAUGCGACGUUUUCAGAAAAUCAACCACUUCCCGGGAAUGUUCGAAAUCUGCCGAAAGGAUCUUCUGGCGCGGAACCUGAACCGGAUGUUGAAAAUGUUCCCCACAGAGUACCAGAUCUUCCCGAAGACUUGGGUCUUCCCGGCUGACUUGGGUGAAGCCAUCGCUUACAGCAGAACACAUCGCAGUAAAACGUAUAUAUUGAAGCCGGAUCAGGGUUCACAGGGUAGAGGAAUAUUUCUGACGAAGAAUUUGAAAGAGAUCAACCCUAGGGAUCGAAUGAUUUGUCAGGUGUACGUUCACAGGCCUUUACUGAUCGAUGGUUACAAAUUCGAUCUACGAGUUUAUACACUGGUCACAUCGACAGAUCCGCUUCGCAUAUUCGUGUACAAGGAAGGUCUAGCACGGUUUGCAACGAACAAAUACCGGGAACCGUGUAUCACCAAUACUUCCAACAAUUUCAUGCAUCUGACGAACUACUCAGUCAACAAGUACAGUCGGUGCUUCUCGAAUGACGACGAAGUUGGUAGUAAGCGUAGGUUCGCUACUCUCAAUCGAAUUCUUACCACGGAAGGGUACGACAUUGCAGAACUAUGGAGUAACAUAGACGACGUGAUUGUGAAAACUGUACUCAGUGCGUGGCAGGUUCUGAGGCAUACCUAUCAAGCAAGUUUUCCAACGCACGAUAUCAUCCAAGCGUGUUUCGAAAUUCUAGGGUUCGACAUUUUGAUAGAUGCAAAAUUGAAACCGCACAUCUUGGAAGUGAACCACUCUCCCUCAUUUCACACCGAUGAGGCUAUUGAUCGAGAGAUAAAGGAGGCCCUCAUUCACGAUACCUUCGUGAUGUUGAACCUCAACGGUGAGGUAAAGAAACGCGUACUUGAAGAAGAUAAACGACGAAUCCAAAAUAGACUUUUGCAAAGACUGCGUGAGUAUUCGAAGUCGAAAGAAAAUAGUAAGGAAAGUAGUAGCGAUAGUAAGAAUGGAGACGAUGAUGACCCUAACUCGGAGGAUCGACUAGGACCGUGGGGCGAACAAAUCAAUUGGGAGGAAACUCAUCUGGGAGGUUUCCGAAGAAUAUUGCCAGCCCCCGGUGAUCCCGAUCGGUAUGCCCAUCUCUUCCUAGCUCAAACACAGGCUUCGGUUUACAACGAAACAGCUGCCAGUAAAAAGCGCGAAGAGUGUGCCAAGCAGCAACGGAUCGAGUUGGAAGAACGCUUCAAGCACAAUCAAGCUAUGCUGAACAAAAACAAUCCAAGAGGUGCGAAAACGCUGUGUGCGGGAGAAGACGGAGCCCUGUCGGCACUGAAAAAGAAGAUGAAAAAACGAAAACCAAAGGUCGUCAAGAAACGUGACGAAUACAGUCCGGACUUUAUCGUUGACUACGAGGAGCGAGAACGAAUAGCACUUUUAGCGCAAAGAGAUUUUCUUAUUCGAACCUGUGGUCUAGUACAAAACAUAUACUUGAACUUCAACCGAAACAAGAUACUGACUAUGUCCGAUCAACGCAAAUACAAGGACCUGUUCGCUAAACUGAUCGCCAGCGAUUCGCUUCAGCAGGAACAAUCGAACCCUUCAAGCACCACCACAUGUCUUCCUGUGCUUCCGAACCAUCACGGUGGCAACGGAUCUUCCGGAGUCAAUCAAAAAUUACAUUUAAAAAGUUUAGUUACGAUCAACGAUACUGCCUCAUGGAUGCAGGUUACGGAAAUGCAACUGCCCAGUAGACCACCGUUACCGUAUCUGUUGGCUUCGCAGCCUACGAACUACCGGAGCACCAAGUCAACCAUGGCCCGUCAGGUCACCAAUGUAGUUAAACGGCACAGUAUAGAUACCAGACAGAUGUACUCGGCCUCCGAUAAGGUCAUCUAGUAGUGAGCACGGGCGGGUAGUGUUCAUGUGCUCGAUACCCGCGCUUGAUCAUUCGAAUGUAAAUGGCGGAAUAUCGCUAACAUCUCUGGUCCCGAGUGGCAUUUGCAGUCUGUAUUUAGUUAUUUUAAUUAUUUUCGACUAUACUAAUCAAACUUAGUCUGAGGUUAAAAUUAUGUGUAAAUAAAUUUAU